CAGGUCACAAGAUGCUAGAGCUAAAUUCAAGCAGCGCGGGGCCGAUGACCGCUUCCUAAGGCACGUGGGGUGCGCGGACUUUAGCCGGCCUGCUGUUGUCCUGCAUCAACAUUAAUAGCGCUAGAAGACGAAGGGAAGGUCCUUUCGCCUGGUGACUAAGUCACGCCCGCGCCUCGCGGCCUGUGCUAAAACACGCGCACGCUAUAGCGAAUCUUGCGAGUUUUGGUGUUUGAGUCUAAACAACUUUGUCUGCGUCAGAAGUAGACUUUGUAGGCAACUAACGUCGAGCGAUGGAGGCGACGAACGCGACUGGAGCUCCGCCUGCGGCGCCGCGCGAGGAUCUCUCGUUGGCACUCCGGAACCUACCGCCUGGGACGCUGUCCGGUCUGGACGCGCUCUGUGACCACGCAUUUUGGUUGAAUGCGCUGCGUCAAGCGGAGGUGGGCAUAUCGAAUGAGGACAUAUUCCGCUUCCGGUUUCAGGAGAUUUGCAAGGCCGCCUCCAGCCGUCUGGCCUUCCUGGCGGGCAGCGGCGAGUACACGUCCUUCAACCUGCGCUACCUCAUCACGCAGCUGGUGGAGCAAUGCGAGGACAUGCACAGCUACACACGCCGGCUGGAGAAGUACGUGGUGAAGCUGCAGAAGCGCGUGGAGUCCCUCGAGGCGGAGCAGCUGGCGACGCAAGCGGAGCAGGCGGCGGCGCAGGCAGAGCGGGAGCAGCAGCACCAGCAGCAGCUGCGCGCUGCGGCGGCGGCCACGGCGGCGGCAGUUGCGGUGGCCGGGACGGGGCAAUCCGGGGCAACAGCGGCAUCUCUGCCGGCAGUAAAGCAGGAGUCGUCCAUGGAGAACAGCAAAAGGCGCAGCAGCGCGAGCGCGGAGUCGGGCGAUGGCGAGCCUUAGCAGGUGCCCGGGGCAUUGCAACCGCAUUUGGAAGCAUCUCAAAUUGUGCUUCCACCUUACCAAUGCAUGAAACAAAGGCUGUAUGGAAGCAGGCUUGGCCUGCCUCAUGAAGCUCACAUGGAACCAAACAAUAAACGACAGAGAUAGUACUUCAGCACAUUAUUUCAUGUAGUACGGCACGCAAGGGGCGCUGAUACCUGCACAUCCUAGUACGCGUUGAAAAUGGUUUCAUCGUGUCCAUCAUAAGUUGUUAUCGGGCUAGCAGCGCUCAUCUGGUAUGGUGCGGUGCAACCAGCCGCACGCCUGCGACGGGAUGCGUGUUAUUGUUGUUACUGCUUGAUAUGAGGCUUUACAUGACCUGCACCGGUGCCGUGAGGAGAUGAGAAGUACGGGGAGCGUGGGUAUUCACAGGAGUGAGCAUCCUAUAUGCACGCCUAUUAGCAGGGAACCUAACUAAUGCAGUCGAAAUUUUUGGUUUUGGUGUGUCACUCCGGCGACCCAUGUAUGUCAGUAAAGUGUAUCAUGUCAGGGCGGUGUGCCGUUUUGGGGGCAGGCAGAGUCCUGCGUCCUUUUUUACCAUGUCGGCCCGGCGCCAAACCUUCUCAUAACCAUCUCUGGACGCCCCCGAUUGCGGCACACCACUCGAUCGGAACUGUAUGUGCGCCAACACGCGGGGCUCGGGAGCAUGGUGGCUUUGUGUUGCGCCUCCCUAGUAGGCGGCGCGCAUUUGGUGCCGCUAAGUGCCCAUCAGUGCCUCCGCACAGCCGUGCCACGGUUGCCGAAGGGGUUGCAUCCCGGGCGAGAAGAGAAAUGGGAACACGCAGUGCUUGAUGACGAGUUGGAUGGUGUUCAAGGGGUGCAACGCACGCUGCUGUGGAGCGUGCCCGCACGAGAAUGACUGGGAUGGAGGCUGGGGAAUAAUACACGGGCAAGAGUUUUGAGGCUCCACGAGUAAAGAGAUACCCAUGAGUUCCAGCUUAUUGGGGCUGCGUUCAGAAGAGAUGACGUGCACAAGAGUUCAGGUCCCUUGCCCUUGGUGCGGUUGAUGCACCAAGGCGCCUCAUAAUCUGAUGGAAGCGGAGAUGGAAGCGGAAGGCCAGGACGAAUGGGUGUGGUGUUUCGGGAUGGGAUAUGCUGAGACUGGUGCGUGGGCAUGGUACCGAUGCCGUAUAGCCAAAGCCACAUUGUUGCUUCGUGUGGGAGCAUGGCGAUGGCGAUAGCGCCUCAAAUGCCCCCGGUCUGCCGGACAGUGACAGUCUGCUGGCGAGGGUGGGCUGUAAACAGUAAAGCAC